AUGUCGUUGUCAUUAAAAGAUGUAAAAUCAAUAUUGGAAUCAGUGGAAACAGCCACAGAAAACUUCGGCUUAUGUCGCAACCGCGUCUGGGCGAUAGCUAAGAGCUUACGAGGAGGCCCCUCAGAAUUUCCAAAGUUGAUUCCCCCGGGGAAAACUCCAUCACGCACCAUAAAAACUGAAAACCAUGAGCUCUGUACAUUCGACUUCUGUGAGCAAUCUCGCGUGAAUUUUACUCUUGUGGAGCAGCGUCACGAAUGUCCUGAUCCAGCUAAGUGCAAGGCCCAACGAUUCCCCACUGAGCUUGUGGCAGACGCUAUCCGAAAAGAGCAACCCACGGCGUGGAACUUUGAGGGAACCGAGACCCUUAAAACUGAUGAGCGCUAUAUUGCAAUCUCACAUGUAUGGUCCGACGGUACCGGGGCCGGAAAUCAAGCCCCAGGCCAUGUGAACAAAUGCCUGAUAGACCUUUUUAGAGGAUUUGCCGAGAAAUUUGGCUCCAAGGGUAUAUGGUGGGACACUAUCUGCAUUCCAACAUCGAAAGAACUUCGCGAAAAAGCUUUGAAGGGCAUGCAGGAAAACUACCAGACCGCAGCGGUCACACUAGUACACGAUUGCUUUCUCAGGGACUGCGAAUGGCGCGAUGCAGACUCAGCAUGCUUUGACAUCAUGAUGUCUCCAUGGUUCAGCCGAGGCUGGACAGCACUGGAAUUGAAGAUGUCUCAGAAUGUCAAAGUCAUAUUUAAAGGUCCCUCAGCCUCUGGUCUAAUAACAAAAGAUCUAGAUGACGAUAUAUUGAACGUAGCAAGCAAUGAGCACAGUAUCGCAAAAAAAAUGCUCAGAAAGCUCCGGGGAGGGGAGAGAGUUAGCCAAUUGAAUGAUCUGUUGGCCAUCCUCGGUUCACGCCACACCUCCUGGCCGCGGGAUAUGGCGAUCAUUUCAGCCCUUAUGAUGGGAAUUGAGUUGCCCGAAGAUUUCACUCAUCAAAGGAUUUAUCAAGAGAUCCUGCAGAAUACCGAAGGAAUAUCCCAUGCGCAUUUGUUUCACAAUUCAGCGACUAUGGCGAAAGGAUACAAUUGGUGUCCUACAAUUAUCUACGAACUGCCUGUCACAUCCCAAAAUGGCACUCUUGAAAUUGAAAGGAAUGGGACUUUGUUUGGCAGGUGGGACAUCAUGUCUCUCGACCUUAUUGAAGACGAAAAAUUUAGCUCUGGUCGUGCCCAUCAGCUGAUAGAUGCAAAGGUUCACCUUGCUCGAAAGGAGAAAGAUCGACAUUUCUUACUUAUUGAGCCUGAACUAGCGCUUGGAGAGACCAUAGACAGGGCUAUUGUUGCCAGGCCUUUGAUCGUACGCGAGCAAGGCUCAAUUGAUUGUUACUGUGAUUAUGUUGGCCCGGCUUACUUUCACCCACCUUUGAAAAAAGCAGAGAUCAAGAAGCGUGGUCAAAUCAUCCCAUUUAACAAUGUUCAUAUUGGAUUCGACGAGAGCGUUUUCAACAACAGCCAUGAAAGCACCGACAGGGAUCAGAGUGCCCGGUGUAUUAUUGUGGACUUGAAGCAUCACGGUGGUUUCCAAGACACGCAGCCUAAGAAACGACAAGUUGAACUCCAUUUCAAUUCACGGGACCAUUCAAAAAUACGGAUUGAGCUGAUGAAAGCUAUCGGUAUCGAUGAUGAGAAAAAGGUAGAAACUCUUCUGAGAGAGCUACCUGAAAAACAUUGGAACAACACUGACGAGCGGACUGGGCACUCUGCAUUACACCAUGCUGUUUGGAUCGGCAAAAGGAAAGUGACCAAACUACUUGCCAGAAUGUUGGAUGUCCAAAAAAGGACUAACAAAUCUGGCGAGGAACCUCUUCAUCUCGCAGUCGAACGUGACAACAAAGAGCUGGUCUCUAUACUGCUGAAAGGGUCCACCCUUGACUUGAAGCGAGAUGAUGGACUGACUGCCCUACAUCUAGCAGCGAAAGGGGGUCAUACUGAGAUCGUUACCGAACUGUUACGGAUGGGAUGGGACCCCAAUACAACAAACGAUGCCCAAGGACAGACUUCACCAAUUAUUGCCUCUAAUACAACAAGCGAUGGUCGAGGACAGACUGCACUACAUAUUGCCUCAGCGAACGGAUUCUACAAUACAGUGGCUGCCAUUCUCAAUAGCAACGCCGACCUCAAUCUCAAAGACCAAAUGAAAGAGACUGCUUUCUCCUUAGCAGUUUUCAAUGGACAUGAAGAGACUGCAAAGUUACUGAGCGGGAAAUUGUCAACUCUAAGCAGCUAUGAUCUACUCGAACGCGCAGUAAUGCUCAAUGACGAUAAAUAUAUAAUAAUCCUCCACAACUGCGGAGCAAACAUUGAAGCAAAAGACAAAUCUGGCAAGACCCCGCUUCACAAUGCGGCAUUCUAUGGUAUUGAUGACUCUAUCAGAGCCCUCCACAAGCUCGGAGCAAACCUCGAAGCCCAAGAUCACUCCGGUGCAACCCCGCUCCACGAGGCGGCAUUCUAUGGUAUUGAUGACUCUAUCAGAGCCCUCCACAAGCUUGGAGCAAACCUCGAAGCUCGAGAUCACUCCGGUGCGACCCCGCUUCACAAAGCGGCAUUCUGUGGUAAAGAUGACUCUAUGAGAGCCCUCCACAAGCUCGGAGCAAAUCUCGAAGCCCAAGAUCACUCCGGUGCGACCCCGCUUCACAAUGCGGCAUUCUGUGGUAAAGAUGACUCUAUCAGAGCCCUCCACAAGCUCGGAGCGAACCUUGAAGCCCGCGAUAACUUGGCCGUACUGUUACGGAAAUACUAG